AUGCUGAAACCAUUCACGUCAACCGGACGAAAGCUACAGCACGCCACACUUCCUAUCUUUCGCCCGCGGUCGGGGGAUCGCCCGCCGACCGCGGACGUUGCUGCCCAUGGCGUCGCAAGCGAUGCCAAGCGUCCUCGAUGCCCCAGUAUUACGCGUGCGGCCAGCAAACUAUCCCCGCGCUGCUCGGAGUUCCUCUUUCACUCACGCCGGUGCUCUCUGCGACCUCGAUAUCGCGCUCUGAUCGUCGGCAUCACAUACACGGCGCCGGAAUGUAGGGAGUUGGAUCUUUCGCCUCUGGUAGGCUGCCGUAACGACGCGUAUAACUUCGCAAGGUUACUUCGAGCAACGUACGGAUGGAGUGAUGUCACAAUCAUGACGGAUGAAGAGGAGAAUCGCGAAGGCGGGUUAUGGCCCUCAAGAGAUAACAUGAUAGCCAGGUUACAUGAGCUGGUGGCCGGUGCUGGUCCUGGAGAUAUGCUGGCAUUCUAUUACGCCGGACAUUCCGGCCAAGUACAGGCUGUCAGAGAUAUACAUGAAGAGGACGGCCGUGAUGAAUAUAUGGUCCCAGUGGACGGCAAGACCAUCUUGGACGAUUUACUGCGGGAAAUUUUGGUCGAACCAUUGUGCAAUGGUGCGCGCUUGACAUCGGUUUUCGACUCUUGCCAUUCAGGCACCAUGUUGGACCUGAGAUUGUACCCCACUCUCAGCCGGAUGAGCGAUAUGACGCACGAACGGACCUCUCAAAGCGAUAUCGAGUCCUCGAGUGCCAUCCGCCACAACUCAUUGCCAACACCGAUUGCCGUCUUCUGGGCAGCCGCAGAGAGCAUGCGAAAGUUUCCUUGGGGGGCAGUCAAGGCUCUCGCCAGGCUGCAUGUCUUGCGCACGCGCAAUGCCAGACUGAGGAACACCGGAUCCGUUGACCAGCCUCAAGCUCUCACUGAGUCGACGGAUUGUCUACCGAUCAUCACAGUGAAUGAUGCGCGUAUGGAUGAUUCGGCAGUGGAAGUCCCGUUGACCGGGAAUUUCGCGAUGUCGGACACUUCUUCCUUAUCCACCGAUAACGCGUCAUCAGCACUCAAUUCAGUGCUAUAUUACGAACCCAAGACUUUCGUGCACAACGUUCAUGGUAGUGGAGGCGGCGCAUCCACGACGUGCAAACGAUGCAGACUUCUGGCCAAACGCCAUCCUAUAGUGACCUCUAUAUCCGCGUGUCAAGAUAACCAGGAGUCUUUUGAGGAUACCCGGAAGGCCGCUAGUAUCAUGACGCCGGCGCUCGUUCAGUUACUCGAGAAGGAGCCUGAUCUAUCCGCGAGGCAGAUCCAGAAACGAUUACAACCCGAGCUCUCCGAUGCAUGUUAUAGCUUGGUAUCCCGCAAGCUCAAGAGGCUGAGGCGGCGUGCACACAAGGCUAAGAAUGAAGAGAAGAAUAUGUGGAUAGGUCGGCUUAGUGAAGCAGUGAAGAGUAUACCUUGGCAGAACUUACAGUCUGGAUCAGAGGAAGACCAACACCUGGAUGAACCUGUCCUUCUUUGCGCACCGGGUUUUCAGGUGAAACGAGAUCGCCGUUAA